UUUAUUUUAUACUAUUAUUAUUAAGGUUUGACAAUGAUGACAGCAGUACGUGCAUCAAAUAGACCUGCAAACGAAAAGAAAUGUAUUGUUUUUGAAGUUCAGCUUCUGAGUCUUUUCACAAAAUGUCAAUCUUGCAACGUUGAGACAAAGAGAAAGAUUGUACAUAGGAUUGGUACCUUUAUUGUGAUACGCCAGCAAUGCAGAAUCUGUGAUUACACCAAAGAAUGGAGCAGCCAAUCUAUGGUGAAAGAUACGUCAACCAGCAGGGAAUAUCCUAAUGUCAGCUGCUCUACUAUAUUCUGGGUCCUGCGUGUCAAAAUCCUUGCGAAUGUUAAAAUUCCUUAACUUGGUAUCAAUUUCCGAAAGAACAUUUUAUAGACAUCAAGACAUUUUCUUACAUCCAUGUAUCACCACUGUAUGGCACAAUGAAAGGGAAAAGUCUUUAGAAGCUGUUAAAUGCUCUGAAUCCGUGGUGUUAGGAGAUGAUGGAAGAGCCGACAGCCCCGGUCAUACUGCUAAGUUCGGCUCUUACUGUCUGAUGGAGCUAAAUAAACACGAAGUUAUUGACAUUCAACUUGUUCAAAAAAAUACAGUAGGAGGAAGUUACCACAUGGAAUUAGCAGGACUCAAGGUAUAAGAAAGAAGGUUCAAGCACUUUCAAAAAAAUCAGACUGUGCAAUUGUAGGUUAAUGGGCCAAAAGCAUCAACCACAUCUACUGGACAGCCACGUCAACUCCCAGUGGUAAUGGUAAAGAAAUGGUUGCCAAGUACCAAAGCCUGACCAACCAUAUGCAAAAUAUACAUUCGGGUCAUUCGGAAAUAUUUCCAAGAUGUCUGCACCCUCCAUUAGAAGAUAACAGAAAAAAAAACCGGGUACAGAAAAAUUUUCCAUAUUUAGUUAAAUUUCAACCAAUAUUUACUUACAGUAAUCACACUAAACACAUGCAUGCAGACUUAAAUAAAUAAAUGUACAUUUUUUCAGGA